UCCUUAAUUUUGAUCGGAUUAGUAAAUAGAUGUGAAUGCAAUAGUAAAUGUGAAAGUAAAUAAAUGUGUAGAUGUGCAAACUUCACACAGUGGAUAGAGAGGGAUACUUUUCUACUUUUACUAUCUUUUGACUGCAUAUCAAGCUCAGGUUGGUCGUGCAGCUAUUUCAAAAAGUACGUGCAGAUAAAGCAUCAGUUAAAUUCACUGCUUUCAGUGACAACACAUUUCUUAGUUACUCUCUGACAUUUAAUGACAUUUAAUAAUCUUAAUUCAUUACUCCAUUUAUAUAAUUUUUUCAUAGGUUAAAAUGUCAUCAUCCUGAUCCUUUCUCUUCUACCCCGACUAUCUGAUAGCUCUUUGUUCUCUAUUCGUAACACACACAAGAUCCUUUUAUUAGCAUCCUUCAUAAAGAACAAGGAGCAAGUGAGCGGGGGAUGGAGAGAGGAGGGAAAGGAGAAAAACAACAGUUUGAGAGGAACUCGGAGGAGAGCGAGGGAGGAUUCUCAGUUUCCUCUGCUGUUUCCCAAGGGACUCAACAAGCAUGACAUCGGAGGCGAGCUCUCAGCCCAGAGUGAUGUUCCACACCCAGGAAAAGGAGAAGGAGGAUGAGGAGUGUCCCCGGUGCACACUCGUCAAGCUGACAGUCAAGUACAACCGCAAGGACCUGCAAAAAAGGCUGGACAUUGAGGAGUGGAUAGAGGGCCAGCUCCACCUGCUCUAUGACUGUGAGGAGGAUGACAUACCACAGUUAGAGAUUGACAUAGAUGAGCUGCUUGAGCUGCCAGAUACUGAGCAACGAUCAAGACUGCAAGAACUUCUUCAAGAAUGUGCAAAGCCAAAAGAGGAGUUCAUCAAUGGACUGCUGUAUCGAAUGAAGGGACUUCGCAAGAUGUCAGUAACCUUGAAAAAGUGAGCGGAUUAGAGGGGGCCGAUUUUAGGGCCACCGUAAAUGCCUUGACCUCCACUAGACCCUUUUCUGGACAGAAGAUGCUGAUUUGGACUGUCUGCAUGGUCUUUGCUUAUCCUGUUUCUGUCAAGACCACAGAUUGCUCUAAAACCGUCAUGAGUCAGUGUGGGUCUCAAAGUGAACUAUCAGACAGUCAUUCUGUUAAUGUUGAUCGGCCAUGAUGAAUCUUUCUGUUAUACAUUUUUUGUUUUUUUUUGUCAAUAAA